AUGAAAAUUUAUUCAUCCAUAAGAGACCCAAGUAAUGUUGUUCAUCGAUGGGUUUUCGAUUUUGAAUUGACACUUUUAAAUGAAAAAAAUCUUUUAUCAAUCGAAAAUUUUAUGUAUAAUUGGUGGUGGUUAAGUAUUCCAUUUGCAUUAUUUUAUAUUAUUCUUGUAUUUAUUGGUCAAAUAUGGAUGAGAAAAAGAAAUAAAAAAUAUGAAUUAAGAAAAGCAUUGAUCAUUUGGAAUGUUUUUCUUGCCGUAUUUAGUUUUUGGGGUGCAUGUCGAUGUGUACCUGAACUUUUACAUUCAUUAACUAAACAUGGAUUUCAACAUUCAUUAUGUAAUCCAAUAUUGAAAAAAGGUGUAACGGGAUUAUGCUAUGGACUAUUUGCACCGACUGGUCGUUGGUUUACAUCGAUGAAUCUAUGCGUUCAUACAGUAAUGUAUAGUUAUUUUGCAUUACGUGCUGCUCGUUUUCGAGUUCCUCAAUUUAUUCAACAGUCUAUUACAGUUCUUCAGCUUAUUCAAAUGCUUGUUGGUUGUAUAGUUAAUACUGCUGCAUACAAAUAUAAACAAGAUGGAUACUAUUGUAUGACAUCGAAUAGUAAUAUUGUAGUUUCUGUUGUACUUUAUGUUAUUUAUCUGAUUCUUUUUGCACAUUUUUUUUAUUUAAGUUAUUUACAAAAGGGAAUGAAUAAAAACAUGAAAGAACGUACAGAUUAA